GUUAAUCCUAACCCUCAAACUGAUGAACAAUAAUUUCCCCAUUUCAAUAUUUUCCAGCUUUCUAACAGGUGUGUUUUGCAAUAUCUAAUGCACACAUAUAAAUUACAUUUAGAAUACUCAAUUAUAAUGCUUGUUAGAUUUGUUAGCACUAAUAUAUCGAUUUUCCAACUUCAGACAGCAAUUAACAUGCUUUGCUUGUUCAUUUUAAAGUUCCCAGACCUCACUGAAAGUCCACCUGGGAAUGCCAGAGGACAGUAUCAUCAGCAGUGUCCAGGAGCAACUGUCAAAAUCUGACCAAAUGGUGGCUGCAGGACAGCUUUCACAAAUAGAUAAAGUGGUUGGAACUAUGCUGGAGAACAUUGAGAAGAUAAGCAGCGAAUGUGGCGAGGAAUUGGUCUAUCAAGAGUCACUGCGGUCUUCCUCCUCGUUGUCAUUCUCAACUGCCAAAUCACAGAAGACAGAGUGGGAAUUUGCACUCCCAUUCCUUCUGAGUUACCCGAGAGUACUGCUCAGCCCAUUGUAAGAUGCUCAGUCAUUGACAUGAGCGAAUCUACUAAGCCAAAAACAAUGGUGUGUGAUGCCAGAACAAGCAUGUUUGCCAUAGCCGAUACCAUCAUGAAGAAGGUAUAUCCAGAGGCAGAAGGGCAGGUUACAUCUCACCCUGAUCUAACAGAUCCAAUAGCUAGACUGGAGGAGCUCAUAUCUCAGGGUAGGAUUGGUGCUCUCUCCCGUGAUCUCAGUCACCAAGUCAACCGCAUAAUUUCCGAUAGCAACUUGACCCCUCUGGGACUGACAGUGGCGGCUGGAAAGAGUGCAUCUGAUACCAUCCUUUCGAAGCUGAAGAGGAAUGACAAGGUGGGGAAGCCCACAACUUACGAGCUGGUUCAGCUGUUUGUAGAGGAGUCUGUUAAGUGCCUCCUGCUUCCUAGUUUUGUGCCCUAUUCAACUUCAAUGAGUUUGGCUCAGGGGGCCAAGGUGUUGGCUAGAGUGUCUGAAGAUAGAAUUUCAUGCUCUUCUUCUUCUUCAUCAGUAUUUAGUGACACAGUCAGUCUCUUUACCAAAGUUAUGGUAAGCCAGGUCAUGUACUCUGUGGAUUCUGAUGCAGAAAGUAGAGGAUCCUCUCCAACUGAAUCUCUCCAAACAUCUGAACCCACUAUAUCUGAUGUAGGCAAUCUAUUGAGUGGCAAGUCCUCCCCUCGGCUGUCUCCUUCUGGCACCAUUAUGGCAACAAGCGAGACCUCCAAUGCAGCACAAAUCUUGAAGGCCAACAUUGAUGGAGAGGAAGUGGAUACCACCAGUCAUUCUGGUGUAGCUCAAAACAUUGUCAGGGACGAUAUGUCAACCAGCCCAGACAUGGUCAAAGAUGUCACACUUCCAACCCCAUCCUCUGAUAACUUGGGCUAAAGUUAUGGAGGUCUUCUGUGCAUGGUCAGGCUGCUCUGAGACACAAGCCUAUCCAGAGAACUUGAGGAUUCAUAAAGUCUACAGAGUCGUCUAUAAAAAUCUGUUGGAGGAGUUUGGCUCGGAGAAAAUCCUCCAACAGGCCGUGUCGACUCAGGACUCUUCAUUUGAUAGGAUUCUUGUCAAGUCUUUGAGUGAAGCGCUUCUCCACAGAUGUAAUGAGGCAUUGAGGGCAGCCUCAAGAACAUCAGUCAAAACCACCGGGCCUAAGGCUCUUCCACUGGCUGAGGAUGUGAGGGCUAGCAGCGGGAAACUAUAUUUUCUACAAAGGCUGGUCAGGCUGACAAGCAACUUAAAGCUAUUCAAGAAGGGGAACAAGAAGGAUUCCCACCGCUCUGAAUCAGAACAAGUACAGACCACUGCUGAAGAUGGCAUGCUGCCCAGCAUAGUGCCACAUGCUGCCAUGUCUGCACUGCCAAAGGAUCUCCCCGCCAGCUCCCAACAGGAGACGCCUCACAAAUGUCCACUUCUCGUCAGGAUGUUUUCUGUCAUCUCCAAAGGCCUGUUCAAGCCCUUCAAACAGUCCUUAAAGACCAAGUAA